AAUUGUCUAUCGUGACGUCAGACGCAGUUUGUUUUUCCAACAAGUGAAUCAUCAAAAGUGAUAAGUCCAUAGAAAAAGCACACACCAUAAUAAGCAGACAGCUGACAGGAUGUUCUCCAGUGGCCCCAACUAUAACAAGCUCAAGACAAAUUUGCGCCUGGCGCAAAAUCGUCUGAAGUUGCUCGAAAAGAAGAAAUCAGAGAUAACACAAAAGUCUCGGAAGGAGAUUGCUGAUUAUCUGGCGACAGGCAAAAUAGAGCGUGCACGCAUCAGAGUGGAGCACAUCAUACGCGAAGAUUAUCUGGUGGAAGCCAUGGAAAUUGUCGAAAUGUAUUGCGAUCUCUUGCUGGCACGCUUUGGUCUCAUUCAGCAAAUGAAGGAGUUGGACGCUGGCAUAGCCGAGCCAGUGUCCAGUCUAGUGUGGGUGUGUCCACGUCUGCAGAGCGAUGUGGCUGAGCUCAAAGUCAUUUCAGACAUCUUUAUUCAUAAGUAUGGACCAGAAUUUGCGGAGCACUCCCGCACUGCCACAGGCGAGCAUUAUGUCUCGGAGAAGCUCAUGCAUAAGCUGACACUGCAAGCGCCACCUAAGUUGCUGGUGGAAAACUAUUUGAUUGCCAUUGCCAAGAACUACAAUAUUGAGUAUGAGCCUGAUCCACAGGUUAUGCAGGAGGAGGCGAAGACCGAUCCGCAACCACACCUGAUUGAUUUGUCAGAUCGGAAUAAUCUCAGCGCUGGCGGCGCGUCAGCUCCGCCGCAAAUGGGCUUUAUUGGAUAUCCGGCCAUGCCGCAGUUGCCAGAUAUGCCAGCCCCACCCAUUAGCAAACCAUUUAAUUAUCCACCAUUUGGCGGUGGUGGUGGUGGCGGAGCAGCUGCAUCAUGCUCGGCACAGGCCCCUCCACCUUUCGCCUACAAUAUACCACCCAAUCAGCCGCAUUCAGCUGCGCCACAGAACAAGUGCGCCGAAGAAAAGGAUUUGAACACCAACUUUAUAAAUCACGAGACUAAUGAAAACUCUGAGCAACCUGAUGGCUCUGGUAGUCCGGACGAGAACAUAUUGCGCCCAAAACCGCUCAAUGAUCCGCCGCCACGUUACUCCUCGAUUAAUCCUGUAAACUUGCAGAAUGCCAAUAAACCAAAACCACAACCCCGUUCAAAGUUGCCACCAGCUGGUCCAGCAGAACAGCCCAGUGCACCGCCCCCAAUGGAUUUGCCAGCACUGCCCAAUGUUCCCAACGAUUUGCCAGAUGUGCCCGGCGGCGGUAAACCCAAUGACGAUGAGAUUGACUUUGAUGAGCUGUCACGUCGCUUUGAGAAUCUGAAGAAGCGCAAAUGAAGGCACUUCAUAUGGGGUUAACACUCUGUAUACACAAUUUUAUUCAAUUAUUUAAUCAGUUAUAAUAUAUGUAAAGAAAAGUUUUAC